UUGUUGAGACACGGUCGUCGCAUUCUGGAUUGUAUUGUUAUUGUGUGUGGAAGUUGUCCAGAUCAGGCCGGACCACAUAUAAUCAAUUAUACGGAACAAAUUUUGGCUGGCUAUCGAACACCCCGAUUGCAUUUGGUUGACUAUGACAGUCGAAAUCCCACAGUCAGUCAAUUUCUAGCCCAAUUGGCCAAUACGCGGGACACGAACAGCUUUCACUGUUUCGCCGCAGGCAGUGAUGAGGCAAUCUACACAAGUGAUGACAUUGCUCGCUUGUUGAGGGAGAUCACCGAUGCACAGUACAAUGUGAUCAACUACACUGGCAUCCAUCACAACCUGGUUCACAUGGACGGAAAAUCCCAUCUUAGCAUGAACGUACGUUGA